AAUCCCUGCAGUGAAUCUGGGACGUGUAGAUACUUUUAAUGACUCUGAUUAUAUUAUUGCAUUUACACCUGAAUCUAAAACUACCCACGAGAUAAUGAACAAAGCAGCUUCAGCCCCCUUCAUGCAAGGAAGAAGAAUCACGGGAUGGCCUGAUGAAAAAAGCAUGAAAGCAUUGGAUUCCAACUAUUCGUUAGAUACAGUGAGAGUCAUCUUCAAUGAUACCUUCUCAUAUCAUUUAAGGUUUUAUUUUGGACUUAGAAUCCCCACAUAUCAAGAGCACAGAGACCAUUCAGCUCAUUGUCACGCAACGAACGAAAAAGUCAGGUGCAAAAGUUCAAUGUUCUGGGAGGAAGGCUUUGUGGCUUUUCAAGCUGCCAUUAAUGCUGCUAUCAUAGAAAUCACAACAAAUCAUUCAGUGAUGGAAGAGCUGAUGUCAGUUGCUGGUAUAAAUAUGAAGAUAUUACCUUUCAUUGCCCAAGGAGGACUUGCAACUGAUAUUUUCAUUUUCUUCUGCAUUAUUUCUUUUUCUGCAUUGAUAUACAAUGUAUCAGUCAAUGUUGCACAAGAAAGACAAUACAUUAAGUCAUUGCUGAUCAUGAUGGGACUUCGAGAGGCAGCAUUCUGGCUUUCCUGGGGUGUCCUGUAUGCUGGCUUCAUCUUUAUAAUUGCCACUUUGAUGGCUUUUAUUAUAAAAUUGACACAAGUUGUCGUCCUAACUGGUUAUGUGGUAGUAUUCACCCUUUUUCUCCUCUAUGGCCUGUCUUUGAUAACUUUAGGUUUCCUGAUGGGUGUGCUGAUAAAGAAACCUUUCCUUACUGGUUUGGUUGUCUUUCUCUUUAUUGUCUUCUGGGGGAGCCUGGGAUUCACAGCUUUGUAUGCACAUCUUCCUGCCUUUUUGGAAUGGACCUUGUGUCUUCUUAGCCCCUUCGCUUUUUCUGUAGGAAUGGCCCAGCUUAUACAUUUAGACUAUGACAUAAAUUCUGAUGUCCCUUUGGAGUCUGCAAGCAACCCAUACCUAAUAAUGGCUACUCUUUUCAUGUUGUUUUUUGAUACUCUUCUCUACUUGGUAUUGACAUUAUAUUUUGACAAAAUUUUGCCUACUGAAUAUGGACAUCGACGUUCUCCUUUGUUUUUCCUGAAGUCCUCUUUUUGGUUUCGACAUCAAAGGGCUAACCAUGUGGCUCUUGAGAAUGAAACAGAUUCCGAUUCUUCAUCUAACGACUGUUUUGAGCCAGUAUCUCCAGAAUUCCAUGGGAAAGAAGCCAUCAGGAUCAAAAAUCUUAAAAAAGAAUAUGCAGGAAAGCAUGAAAAAGUGGAAGCUUUGAGAGGUGUGAUGUUUGACAUAUAUGAAGGUCAGAUCACUGCCCUCCUCGGUCACAGUGGAGCUGGGAAAACCACUCUCUUAAACACGCUCAGUGGGCUGUUGGUUCCAACAUCAGGCUCUGUCACCAUCUAUAAUCACACAGUCUUGGAAAUAGCUGACUUGGAAACUGUCAGUAAGCUCACGGGAGUCUGUCCACAAUCCAAUGUGCACUUUGGCUUUCUCACCAUGAGAGAAAAUCUCCGGCUGUUUGCUGUGAUCAAAGGGAUUUCGCCACAUGAAGUGGAGCAAGAGGUCCUGAGAGUCUUACAAAACUUAGAGAUGGAAAAGAGUCAAGACAUUCUUGCAGAAAACUUAAGCGGUGGACAAAAAAGAAAACUAACCUUUGGAAUGGCCCUUUUAGGAGAUCCUCAGGUUCUGCUGUUGGAUGAACCCACUGCAGGCCUGGACCCUCUUUCAAGGCACCGGGUGUGGACGCUUCUGAAAGAGAGGAAGUCAGACCGAGUCAUUCUCUUCAGUACCCAGUUCAUGGACGAAGCAGACAUCCUAGCUGAUAGGAAGGUGUUCAUAUCCAAUGGGAAGUUGAGGUGUGCAGGCUCUUCUCUGUUCCUGAAGAAGAAAUGGGGCAUUGGCUACCAUUUGAGCUUGCAUCUGAAUGAAAUGUGUGAUCCAAAGAAUAUAACAUCACUGGUUAAACAGCACAUCCCUGAUGCCAAAUUAACAGCACAAAGUGAAGAAAAACUUGUCUAUCUUUUGCCUUUGGAAAGGACAAACAAAUUUCCAGAACUUUACAGGGACCUUGAUAGAUGUGCUAACCAAGGCAUUGAGAAUUACGGUGUUUCCAUGACAACUUUGAAUGAGGUGUUCCUGAAAUUAGAAGGAAAGCCAACUAUUGAUGAAUCAGAUAUUGGACUUUGGGGACAAUUACAAAGUGAUGGGGAAAAAGACAUGGGAAGCCUUGCUGAGCUGGAACAAGUGUUGUCAUCCUUUGAGGAAACAAGAACAAUCGUCAGCGGCAUGGCACUCUGGAGGCAGCAGCUCUGUGCUAUAGCCAAAGUUCGCUUCUUAAAGUUAAAGAAUGAAAGAAAAAUCCUGUUGGUCAUGUUAUUGGUUUAUGGGAUCAGCUUUUUACCUCAACUUUUGGAACAUCUAUUUCUUGAGUUAUAUCAUAAAUCUUCCUCUUGGGAAUUAUCUCCAAAUACGUACUUCUUGUCACCAGGACAACCACCACAAGUUCCUCUGACCCACUUAUUGGUCAUCAAUAAAACAGGGUCAAGCAUUGAUAAUUUUAUACAUUCACUGAGGCAACAGAACAUAGCUUUGGAAGUGGAUGCCUUGGGAAUUAGAAAUGGCACAGAUGAGCCAUCGUACAAUGGUGCAAUCAUUGUGGCAGGUGAUGAAAAGGAUCACAGAUAUUCAGUAGCAUGUAACACCAAGAGGUUAAAUUGCUUUCCAGUCCUCAUGGAGAUCAUUAGCAAUGGGCUACUUGGAAUUUUUAAUUCUUCAGAACGCAUUAAGACAUACAGAAGCACAUAUCAUGAUACUUCUUUCAAGAAUGAGCACCCUGUUGACGCCAACCUCUGGGUACCAGCAGCCUGUUUCUCUCCUUACAUUGCGAUGAGCAGUAUUGGAGACUACAAAAAAAAAGCUCGCUCCCAGCUACGGAUUUCAGGCCUCUACCCUUCUGCUUACUGGCUUGGACAGGCACUGGUGGAUAUUCCCCUGUACUUCCUGAUUCUCCUUCUAAUACAAAUACUUGAUUACAUUUUUAGCCCAGCUGAUAUUAUAUUGAUAAUUAAAGGCCUGUUAAUUCAGAUCCUGUGUACUGUUGGAUACGUCUCAUCUCUUAUUUUCUUGACAUAUGUGAUCUCAUUUAUUUUUCACAGCAGAGGAAAAUAUACUGGAAUGUGGUCAUUCUUAUUCUUAAUUAUCACCAUCUUCUCGGUAGUUGUUACUGAAAUAAAUGUAUAUGCAUUUAAGGAGCUACUUUUAAUUGCUCUAUUAAUGCCACCCUUCACACUGAUGGGCUGUCUAUUAAUUUUAAACGAGUUUUCUUCUGACACCACAGAUUUCUUUGAAGCUUCAGGAUCUCAAGCUGUAUUUCUAGCAUCGCUAAUACCUUACUUUCAUUUUUUCAUUUUCCUUUUUGUUCUGCGAUGUCUGGAAGCAAAUUUCAGGAAGAAGUCAAUGAGAAAGGAUCCUGUAUUCAGAAUUUCUCCAAGAAGCUGUGAUGUUUUCCCAAACCCAGAAGGACCCGAAGGAGAGGAUGAAGAUGUUCAGAUGGAAAGAAUGAAAACAGCAAAUGCUGUGGCUAUCCCUGUCACUGAUGAGAAACCAGUCAUCAUUGCCAGCUGUCUACGGAAGGAAUAUGCAGGCAAAAGGAAAAAUUGUUUUUCAAAAAAGAAGAAAAAAGUUGCCACCAGAAAUGUCUCUUUCUGUGUUAAGAAAGGCGAAGUUAUAGGAUUGUUAGGACACAAUGGAGCUGGUAAAAGUACUACUAUUAAGAUGAUAACUGGAGACACAAAACCAACUGCCGGACAGGUGAUUUUGAAAGGGAGCAGUGGAGGGGACACCCUCGGGUUCUUGGGGUACUGUCCUCAGGAGAAUGCACUGUGGCCAGCUCUGACAGUGAAAGAGCACCUGGAGGCCUACACCGCUGUGAAAGGACUGAAGAAAGAGGAUGCCAAGGUGGCCAUUACACGGUUAGUUGAUGCCCUCAAGCUGCAGGACCAGCUAAAGGCUCCAGUGAAGACCUUAUCAGAGGGAAUAAAGAGAAAGGUGUGUUUUGUGCUGAGCAUCCUGGGAAAUCCAUCAGUGGUGCUUCUGGAUGAGCCAACGACUGGCAUGGACCCCGAGGGCCAGCAGCAAGUGUGGCAGGCGAUCCGGGCCACCUUUAGAAACACGGAGAGGGGUGCCCUCCUGACCACCCACUACAUGGCAGAGGCAGAAGCUGUGUGUGACCGAGUGGCCAUCAUGGUAUCUGGAAGGCUGAGGUGUAUUGGUUCCAUCCAACACCUGAAAAGCAAAUUCGGCAAAGAUUACCUGCUGGAGAUGAAGGUGAAGACCCCUACACAGGUGGAGCCCCUCCACACAGAGAUUCUGAAGCUCUUUCCCCAGGCUGCUCGGCAGGAAAGGUACUCCUCCCUGAUGGUCUAUAAGUUGCCUGUUGAGGAUGUGCGACCUUUGUCACAGGCUUUCUUCAAAUUAGAGACAGUGAAACAGAGCUUUGACCUGGAGGAGUACAGCCUCUCGCAAUCCACCCUGGAGCAGGUAUUCCUGGAGCUCUCCAGGGAGCAGGAGCUGGAGGGCUUUGAUGAGGAACUUGAUCCUUCAGUGAAGUGGAAGCUCCUCCCACAAGAAGAGCCUUAAGGCCCCAAAUAACCUGUUUCUCUAAGUGUUUCUCUCUCUCUCUCUUUUUUCUUAAAAAAAAAAAAAAAAGAUUUUUGUGAUAGGGUGUGUGCACUUGUC